AUGCUCUCCACCAUCAUAUCUCAAAUAUUCACCUAUUUACUCCCUCUCCUUUCCUGGUUGUGCAAUGCCAUCCUUAUCUUUCUGAUCCUCCAAAGAAGUCCCCAGGCACUGGGAGGCUAUAAGUAUCUUAUGCUGAUUUUCAGCGUGUUUGGUGUAGCUUUUGGAGUGAUCAAUGUCACGAGUCAACCGAAACUUCAUUUCUAUCAAGCAGCCUAUAUAAUAUUUAGUGAGAAUCCAUUGGGAUUACCCAGAAAAGUGUCUUUUUGGUAUCUAGCUCUCAACUGUGCUAUGUAUGCGAUGACUCUCUAUCUUCUGGCAUUUCAUUUCGUGUACCGAUACCUUGCUGUUUGUAAGCCACAUAAGCUACAAUGGUUCACUUAUCCGUAUUUUUUGGUGAUGAUUGGCAUAUUUCUGAUGGUUACUUUCGAUUGGUGGUUUAUGGCGGUGUGGUUGGCAGGGGAGGAUGAGGAGGUGGAGGAGUAUAUUAGUGACAGCAUGCGUCAAACCUUCAACUUGACUUGCCAGGACUAUACCUAUGCGGCGUCGCUUUUCUAUCGCAAAAACCCAAUCACCGGCAUGGAAUCCGCUAGCCUUCCUGAUUUCCUCUUCGUGCUCAACCUGGUUCUUAUUAUAACUUCUGGCUUCUCCAUAAUCACAUAUUGCUGGUUCAAACUCCACACCGUGUUCCUCAAAACCAAAAUUCAUUUCCAUUUCCGUCCGUCCCAAUCCCGUCGGACACUCGAAAUGCAGCAUCAACUAUUCCGAACUCACAUAGAAAAGGAGAUAGCAAAUAGGAUAGCGACUUAG